GUACGCGCGCCGGGCAGAACAAAAACGCCCGGUCGCGUUCAUAUGCCCUCGCCCUCGAUCCGCGUUAGCACCCUUCGGUUUCAAGCCUUCAAUGCCCGAUCCGCCCCGAGCUAGCUCGUACGCCACCGCCCUCGCCACUUCGUCUCCCUCUCCCCCUUCCUCUUCUUCUCCGGUCGACCAGCGUCAGCUCUCUCCUCGAAGCCCAGCCAAGCCAACCACCUAGCACUAGCACAAGCAGCAGCGUCGUGUAACGGCAUUGCUCCGGCGACCGGUCGGCCAAGACUAGGAGACGGAGCGAUCGACCGAUGAAGAAGCCUCAGUACCUGCGCACCAGCGGCAGCUUCAAGAAGCUGCUCUUCUCUCUCAGCCACCGCGUCGCCCCCCACAAACCCUCCCACUUACCGGACGCCAAGCAGGAACCCCCUCCGCGGCCGGACUCGCCCGCGUGGGAGUGCUUCUCCUACGACGAGAUCCACCGCGCGACCGACGGCUUCCGCGCGGGCAACCUGGUGGGCCGGGGCGGGUCGUCGGAGGUGUACCGGGGCACACUAACGGACGGGCGCGCCGUGGCGGUGAAGCGGCUGCUGGGCGCGGCGGCGUGCGAGCGGCGGGAGCGGGACUUCCUCGCGGAGCUGGGCACGGUGGGGCACGCCAGGCACCCCAACGUGUGCCCGCUGCUCGGGUGCUGCGUCGACCGCGACCUCUACCUCGUCUUCGCGUUCUCCGCCCGCGGCUCCGUCUCCGCCAGCCUCCAUGGUGGGGAGGGUGAGGUGGCGAUGGGGUGGGGGGCGAGGUACGGGGUGGCGGUGGGCACGGCGAGGGGGCUGGCGUACCUGCACAAGGGGUGCCGGCGCCGGAUCAUCCACCGGGACAUCAAGGCCUCCAACGUGCUGCUCACCGACGACCUCCAGCCCCAGAUAUCUGAUUUUGGGCUGGCCAAGUGGCUGCCGACGGAGUGGACGCACCGGGCGAUCGCGCCCAUAGAGGGCACCUUCGGCUGCCUGGCGCCCGAGUACUACACGCACGGCAUCGUCGACGAGAAGACGGACGUCUUCGCAUUCGGGGUCUUCCUGCUGGAGGUCAUGGCCGGGAGGAAGCCCGUCGACGGCACGCACAGGAGCCUCCUCAGCUGGGCUCGGCCUCUACUGAACGAAGGCAAGACGGAGGCGCUGGUGGACCCGAGGAUCACCGCCGGCGGCGGCGGAUACGACGCCGACCAGUCGCGGCGACUCGCGUUCGUGGCGUCGCUCUGCAUCAGGCCGUCGGCGACGUGGAGGCCGUCCAUGACCGAGGUGCUGGAGCUGCUGGAAGGCGUGGAGAUCCCGCAAGACCGGUGGGCGAUGCCCGAGGCGGCGGCCGGCGACGAGGAGGGGGAGGAGCCAUGGGCCUUCGACGACCUCAACGACGAUGACGACGACAGCGACGACGAAUUCUGCACGCCAUCGCCGUCUUCAGCCUCCUCAUCAGACGAGCACUUAAUUAGCGUCCAAGAAUACAUCAGAUGACCGUGACGCUUCAUGGAAAUUUUGCUAUUACCUGCUCCACCAGGCCCCGCUUGUAAAUACAGCUUCCUUCCUCUUUGUUUGCUAUAGAUUGUAAAUACUGUACAAGGUUAUCAAUGGAAAGCCAGUAUGAUAGUGUGCGACACCGACUCCCG